AUGGCAAGUUGGGAAGAGAAACUUCUUACAGCUGCAGAGGAGGGGAAUAUAAAAGAAGUAGAACUAAGUGUAAAGAACGGAGCUAAUUUGGAAUGUAGAACUGAUAAUUAUUUGUAUGGAAGGACACCAUUAAUGUGGGCGGCUCGGGGAGGACAACUGGAGGUGGUGACGUACCUGGUCACUCACGGCAGUCAGUUAGAGGCCACAGACACCUUGGGAGGAAGGACACCAUUAUUGUGGGCCGCUGGGGGAGGACACCUGGAGGUAGUGAUGUACCUCGUCAGUCACGGCAGUCGGUUAGAGGCCACAUCCGUGAAUGGAUACACAGCUUUACAUCAUGCUGCUGGGAAUGGACAUAUUGAUGUUACAAAAUUGUUAUUAGAUCAAGGAUGCAGUCCUUGGGUGAAAACAGAAAAGGGUGAGACUCCUUAUGAUAUGGUAACAAUGGAAAGCUAUGAUUCUGAAGAGAUAAAAAGGAAGAAAAAAGAAGUGAUGGACUUCCUAAAGACUGUUAUGUUAAAGACUCCAGAAGAAUAUAACAACUUGAAGAAAAAACAACAGUUAAAUCGUUUAACGGGUAAAGGUACCUACAAAUCGUAUGACAUGCGCUGUAUGGUGACUGGCCAGUUCGCCGUCGGAAAAACUACUCUGGUGAAGCUAUUAGUGGGGGACGUCAUUCCCGAAGGGAGACAUCCUACAGAUGGUAUCUCGCUUCUAGAAGGUCGCUGUGGUCUUGACGUCCAAACAAAAGAAUGGAUUCUUAUAAAUCCAGGAAGUUAUAACGCCAUGGAUGUUGUUUACAAUAAGGUUUUAAUGACUUCAAGAGACGAGAAGGGAACAAAUUCAAGUGAAAAGUUAGACCAACAUCAAGCAUCAGAUAUUAGUCCUGCUGGAAGUAAAGACGAUAACAUGGGUAAUCCAGGUGUCCUACAGCAAUCACAAGCUAUGGCAUUGCCUCUGCCAUCAAACACAUCAGAUACUAUCUCUAACCAACCCCCAUCAGCCAUACCUUUAUCACCGGAGACGUCCUUCAGUGUGCCUCUAUCACGACAGCAGUUGAAACAGAAAAUGAAAGCAAAGAUGACUAUAGAUGAAAUCAGAAGAAAAAUGGAAAAAGUCCUAAAGAGUGGAAAGUACAAGAUGAAAGUUGGAAGACUCAUCUUCUGGGAUUUUGGUGGACAGUAUGUUUAUUAUACAACACACCAGACCUUCAUGACCUAUAGAGCUUUGUUUCUUGUUGUUUUUGAUGGAAGCAAAGGAUUACAUGAACAGGUUCCUGAUGUCUUGUGCUUUCCAGGGCAGCAUAUGACUCCAACCCCAGCAGUUUUUCUACAACACUGGGUCAACUGUAUCCUUACCUAUUGUAAGGCAGUAUAUACCGGAAUUCCAAAGAUCUUGUUUGUUGCUACUCAUAAAGACAAAGUACCAAAGGAAGAUAUUGAAACACGGCGUACAGAGUUGUAUAGUGGAGUAGAAGAGUUAUUUAAAGACCACGAAGGACGAGAACAUCUGGUGAUUGCAAACCAAAUAUUUGUCAAUGCCACAGACAAAACAGACCCAGAGAUCGUUGUCCUUAAGAAAGCAAUCACAGACCUUACCUUUCAACAUCCUUGUUGGGGAGAGUCAAUGCCCAAUGCAUCUGUUCCCCUUGAACUUGAGAUUGCUAACCUGGUUGUAAAGGGGAAACAAGUAUUGUCAUUUAGAGAAGUUGAAGAAUUGAAUUCCAUCAGCAAGGUGUCUGUCUUAUCAAAUGAAGAGCUGAGAGAUUUUCUACAAUUUCACCACUCACUGGGGAAAUUAGUCUAUUUUGAUACCCCACAGUUGAAAGGUUAUGUGAUCAUCAGUCCGCUGCUUCUGGUCGAAGUGAUGAGAUCCUUUGUUACAGAUAUUGCCUUCUGGCCAAAGAAAGGCCUUAUUAGAAAUACUUUCGAAAGGAUGUCAGGAAGUGGAAUAAUACAAAGAAAAGAUCUGUAUCUUAUUUGGGAACAAAAGCAUUUCAAUAAGAUAUCACCCUACAAAGAGUUCAUAUUUGAUAUGCUUAUCCACCUUGAUAUUCUAUCAGAGCAGCGUAGAUAUGAUACUAAUACGGGAAGUCGGUUACCAGUGGAAAACUUCUUUGUUCCCUGUAUGCUCACUCAAAGAAAUGACACAAGAUUCAUGACCCAUGAAUGCACACCAGAGAAAGCCAUCAGUCUAGCUUUUGUUUUCAAAGGGACAAUCAUACCACCAGCCUUACCGAAUCGUCUCAUUAGCGCAUGUCUCAGUAUGUGGACUGUGAAGACAUAUGAAGGAAAACAACUCCUGUUUUCAGGAUUCAUUGGAUUAUCAUUCGACAAAGCACAUGAUAUUGUUGUAUGUGUUGAAGGCAACAAGAUAUUUCUCUACAUAGUCCAUGAAACCUCCAAUGGACUGAUUGUACCAGAUAUUGCCACUGGUAUCAAGGAAUGCAUGUAUACAACAUUGGAGAGAAUCUCAGAGUUCUAUAAGUCCACAGUCCAGGCCACAUCUAUCAGCCAAAAACUACCCUUCCACAUUGAAUAUGCAUGCUCCAAGUUAGGAUGCCAUAUAACUGAAGAGGCAGCACUCACGACUGAUGAAUGGAUCUGUAAUAAACACAAGAUUGUACAUACUAAAGAAAAGUGGAAUAUUUGGAAUCAAGAUCAGGAAAAAGAACAAUGUGAAGAGGACUGUCCAGGUUUACAAGAAGAUGCAUUGAACCAGAUUCCAAGUGAUAUUGAACUACAGAGAUUUUCAUCGAGAUUUGACGAAACCACAAUACGAGAAUUGGCCAUACAUCUUGGAAUGGCUUUACAAGAAUGGGAUGAUCUUAAAAGUAAUAAUCCUAGAUGUGUUCAGAUUGUCAAGUAUAGAAUACUGGUCAACUGGAGAGAAAAAUGUUCAGGAACUUUCAAGAAUAUGUGGAAUGCUUUAACAAAGAUGGGAUUAACUACCCAUAUGCUCUGCCAAGUUAAAAGAAUCAGAAAGAGACAGUGUGAUUUCAAUGAAGAAUACUUGGAUUUAAUUCCAACAGAUGAAAUAUUAGAUAAGUUGGCACAAGUAAUUGGUGAAGUAUCCUUCCCUCUUGGUAUAGAACUAGGAUUACCUGUAACAUUAUUAAAUAUAAUCCAGUAUGAAAAUGGAUUACAUUUAGUGGCAGAAUGUAAGGAAAUAUUAUUCCAAUGGAGAGAAGAUCAGAAAGUGAAGCCCACCAUUAGUGUGUUGGUUCAAGCCUUGGUAAAUGUAGGGAGAGGUGCUAGAUGUUUGGAGGAAAUCAUUAAAACAGUUGGAGUAAAGGAAUGUAUUCAACCUGUGGAAGUUGAAGAGGAGAAACAAGGAAAAUUUAAAACAUUUCUGCAAAAACUAAAUCCUUUUCAAUAGCAGAAGCAGUACAAAACAUUCAGUUGGCAUUACUUUCAUUAUUCCCUUGUCCUGGUUUAGUAAAAAAGAAAAAAAAUAUGGACCAUUAUUGCGUUGACGUUGUUCUUUAUGUUGGCUCCACA